UACUGUAUUUCUUUAAGGAGACAACUUGAACUUUAUUAGCACAUUUGGGUAUUCUUUGCCCGGCAUCAUGGUCAGUGUUCAAUUAGUGGUGGCAAAAAGAACCAAUCAGGAGACUGAUGGAGUGGGCCAAAUGUGUGUGGUAAGUGACAUGAUUCAACUGUGGUUAAUGAUAAUAAAUCUGAUGUGACCUAGUCAGUGUGAUCAGGCAAGACUUCAUUGAAAGAGAUAAUUGAACUAAGGUAUAUGGAUGGGGAAUGGUAAACUGGACAAAAGAGAAGCAGAGGCCCACGCUUCAGUGACUGCUGUUUGGUUUAAGCUUUAGCAAGAUCUGGCUGGGGAAACUCGUAAGGGCAGUUUUUCUUUUAUGUUCAGAUUUUGUCUCAACAUUUGGAAGCUAUUGGAGAUUUUCAAAUGGUGUAUGUAUUGUUUGGGGGUUGGGAUAGUGGGCCAUCCAAUAAAACUGCCAUUUAAAAAGACCCUCACUGCAGUGUUGAAAACCAAAGUUUAUGGGUCAAUGGAAUCUCUCUAGAAGGUACAUUUCAUUCUUUGCAGCAAAGUUGGCAGUGGUGAGGGGCUAACAUUCCGUCUCCACUGAGUAUCCUUUGUUAAUAGGCUUCAUCGCUUAUAUUUAUGAAAAUGACCUAAUCCAGUUCACUGUUCUAUCAUUAGUUCUUUGUAGUUUGUCUAGAAAUAUGUGAGUCCCAAGUUGCUCAAACUCAAAACUCCUACUUGAUAUUAGGUCAGUGAGAGAUGGUAGGCUGGUGACAGGGCUCAGCAGGUGAGGGCACUUGUAGCCCAGCCUGACCAGAGUUUUUGACUCCUGGAAUCCACAUGGUCGAAGGAGAAUCAUCUUCCAAAAAUUAUCCUCUAACCUCCCCAGGAGUGUAGUGCCCUGCUCAUACCCAUCCUUUCAAUAGACAUUUCAGAUUUUUGGUUGUCUUAGAUAUUCCAAACUGGCUUAAGUACUCUGCCAACUGUUUUGUCCAACCACUCUGUAGGGGGCAAUAAAUUGAAUACAAUACUUGAUGUCUUUAUAUAGUUCUUAAAUAAAAUCACAUGGUUCCCCAGCUCAGCACAGCCAUCUAUCACUAUGGCCACUCUUCCCCUGCCUCACUCCUUUACAUUCUAGACCAGAAAUGGACGGUAUUCUAUGGCAGUUCUCCCUGUUUGUGCUCUCUCACACGGUGUCAUAGAUUUUGCAGUGACUUGGAGUCAAGCUAGUCUCAAUUCCAGUGGGUCCUCCCUCUAUUAAAACUGAAUCCAUAAUCCAGUCCACUUAUGCAGCAUUACCUAGCCUAAAGUUUACCCAACUUACUGUUUUUAAGUUGAACAUUGUCAAGUGUCAUUUCAGAGUUUUGGGUAUUGCUGUGUCCACUUUGACAGGACUUCUCUGCCCGUUUAUCCGGUACUGGUAGUUUUAUUUUAUUAAAAUCAUUUAGAACUUGAGUAUUAAAGCUAGGGACAUUUGGUGACUAUCAACAUACUAUUACUCGGCAUCGUAAAGUUUUGUUAUAAAUGAAUUAAUGUAUAAAUUGAUUUUAAAAUUGGAAGUGCUUAAAUUUGGGGAAGGAAUUCAGUUUUGUACACCAGAGCUUAUGCUGUCCAAGAGUAUGGGGCAUUAACGUGUCCAGUGCCCAGAAGGCGGAAGUAUUUAUGGGUAAUCUUUGUGGAUGUGGUUGGACGAGCUUCCAGCAGAACUGCAGGGAAGGUAACUCAAUAGAGCCCCGAUGUUGGCUUUUCAGGACACUUCACGUAAUACGGGUUUGAGAAGAACAGCCGCCACGGUCGUGGGUACAGUCUACAUAAACCCGGACCCCCCCCCCCCCACUACUGCGGGUUGCAGGGUUCGGUGAGAUGAAUAAAGAAGCUACUGGCUUAGUUUCAUGUCAUAUUAAAAGUUGCGGGGGGCGGGGUCGAUAAAACGGCACCCACGCUUGGAACAUGCAGCAGAUGAGUUCGAAUACCAGUGUCCAACGCCAGCUGGGGGGGCCUGGAUAUCCAAACGGUUUAUUUCCGCCCGCCAUAACCAAGCUGUAGGGUCAGGUGCAAAUGGUACACGACUUGACUGCAAUGGCGAACGGCAGCUAGUGCGCAGCCGUAGUAGACACGUGCGUUAUGGGUUUUGCGUCACAUUGGCGUCAUCACCAAGCGCCGAAGCAAGGGAAGGUCCCAUCGUGCUAGCGGCCCCACCCCCUCUUUUGAGCGCUUGCGCACGUGUUUCCGGCAGCCUAAGUGUCCACACUCACUGGCGGCUCCUGGCGUGCUCAGCUGGCUGGUGGCAUUUUCUCCGCUAACGCGUAGGUCUCCGGAGCAGCUUGGUGUCCUCACCUACUUCCAUUGUGCGGCUGGCUGGGGUCCGGCGGACUCCAGACGCAGUGACAUUCUUUCACCAUGCACCGGAAGAAGGUGGAUAACCGAAUUCGGAUUCUCAUUGAGAAUGGCGUGGCUGAGCGGCAGAGGUCUCUUUUUGUUGUUGUUGGGGAUCGAGGAAAAGAUCAGGUGGUUAUUCUUCAUCAUAUGUUGUCCAAAGCCACUGUGAAGGCUCGGCCCUCAGUCCUGUGGUGUUACAAGAAAGAGCUGGGGUUCAGCAGUCACCGGAAGAAGAGAAUGCGGCAGCUACAGAAGAAAAUAAAAAGCGGGACCUUGAACAUAAAGCAAGAUGACCCCUUUGAGCUCUUCGUAGCAGCCACAAACAUUCGCUAUUGCUACUACAACGAAACUCACAAGAUCCUGGGGAAUACCUUCGGCAUGUGUGUCCUCCAGGAUUUUGAAGCCUUAACUCCGAACUUGCUGGCCAGAACUGUAGAAACGGUAGAAGGUGGUGGACUGGUGGUCAUCCUCUUACGGACCAUGAACUCGCUGAAGCAGCUGUACACAAUGACCAUGGAUGUGCAUUCCAGGUACAGGACGGAGGCCCAUCAGGACGUGGUGGGAAGAUUUAAUGAGAGGUUUAUUCUCUCCCUGGCCUCUUGUAAGAAGUGUCUGGUCAUUGAUGACCAGCUCAACAUCCUGCCCAUCUCCUCCCACGUGGCCAGCAUUGAGGCCUUACCUCCUCAGGCCCCGGAUGAGAAUCUCAGUCCUGCUGCUCUGGAGCUGCAGGAGUUGAAAGAGAGUUUGCAGGACACUCAGCCUGUGGGGGUUUUGGUGGACUGCUGCAAGACCCUGGACCAGGCCAAAGCUGUCUUGAAAUUCAUUGAGGGGAUCUCAGAGAAGACCCUGAGGAGUACUGUGGCACUCACCGCUGCCAGGGGACGGGGCAAGUCUGCAGCCCUGGGCCUGGCUAUUGCUGGGGCAGUGGCAUUCGGGUAUUCCAAUAUUUUUGUCACCUCCCCAAGCCCAGAUAACCUGCACACCCUGUUUGAAUUUGUGUUUAAAGGAUUUGAUGCUCUGCAGUAUCAGGAACACCUGGAUUACGAGAUUGUACAGUCUCUAAACCCCGAGUUUAAUAAAGCGGUGAUCAGGGUCAACGUGUUCCGAGAGCACAGGCAGACUAUUCAGUACAUCCAUCCUGCAGAUGCUGUGAAGCUGGGCCAGGCUGAGCUCGUGGUCAUUGAUGAAGCUGCCGCUAUUCCCCUCCCCCUAGUGAAGAGCCUGCUCGGGCCCUACCUGGUUUUCAUGGCCUCUACCAUCAACGGGUACGAGGGCACUGGCCGGUCACUGUCCCUCAAACUCAUUCAGCAGCUGCGUCAGCAGAGUGCCCAGAGCCAGGUCAGCAGCACUGCUGAGAAUAAGACCACAACAACAGCCAGACUGGCCUCAGCUCGGACAUUGCACGAGGUUUCCCUCCAAGAGUCAAUCCGAUACGCUCCUGGGGAUGCAGUAGAGAAGUGGCUGAAUGACCUGCUCUGCCUGGACUGCCUCAACAUCACCCGAAUAGUUUCCGGCUGCCCGUUGCCCGAGGCCUGUGAGCUCUACUACGUUAACAGAGAUACUCUGUUCUGCUACCACAAGGCCUCUGAAGUUUUCCUCCAGCGGCUCAUGGCCCUCUAUGUGGCUUCUCAUUACAAGAACUCUCCCAACGAUCUGCAGAUGCUUUCUGACGCGCCUGCCCACCACCUCUUCUGCCUUCUGCCACCCGUGCCCCCGACCCAGAAUGCCCUGCCGGAAGUGCUUGCAGUUGUCCAGGUGUGCCUUGAAGGAGAGAUUUCUCGCCAGUCCAUUUUGAAUAGCCUGUCUCGAGGCAAGAAGGCUUCAGGGGACCUGAUUCCGUGGACAGUGUCGGAACAGUUUCAGGAUCCAGACUUCGGAGGCCUUUCUGGUGGACGGGUUGUUCGAAUUGCUGUUCAUCCGGAUUAUCAAGGGAUGGGCUAUGGCAGCCGAGCCCUGCAGCUACUUCAGAUGUACUAUGAAGGCAGGUUCCCUUGUCUGGAGGAAAAGGUCUUUGAGACACCACAAGAAAUCCACACUGUGACAGGGAUGGUGUUCUCUUCCUAGGCUGUUAGCUUGUUGGAAGAAGUCAUCACUCCCCGCAAGGAUCUGCCUCCCUUACUCUUCAAGUUGAAUGAGAGGCCUGCAGAGCGCUUGGAUUACCUGGGGGUUUCCUAUGGACUGACCCCCAGGCUUCUCAAGUUCUGGAAACGAGCCGGCUUUGUUCCUGUCUAUCUGAGACAGACCCCAAACGACCUGACUGGAGAACACUCGUGCAUCAUGCUGAAGACACUGGCUGACGAGGACGAGGCUGAGCAGGGAGCUUGGCUUGCAGCAUUUUGGAAAGAUUUUCGAAGGCGCUUCCUGGCCCUGCUGUCUUACCAGUUCAGCUCCUUCUCUCCGGCCCUGUCCCUGAACAUCCUUCAGAACAGGAACAUCGCGAAGCCAGCCCAGCCAGCCCUAGGCCGGGAGCAUCUGGAGGCUUUUCUCCCCUAUGACCUGAAGCGGCUGGAGAUGUACUCUCGGAACAUGGUUGAUUACCAUCUCAUCAUGGACCUUAUCCCAGCCAUUUCCCGCCUGUACUUCCUGAACCAGCUCGGGGACCUUGCCCUGUCGGCUGCCCAGUCGGCUCUUCUCUUGGGAAUUGGCCUGCAGCACAAGUCUGUGGAUCAGCUGGAAAAGGAGAUCGAGCUACCCUCAGGCCAGUUGAUGGGGCUUUUCAACCGGAUCAUCCGCAAAGUUGUGAAGCUGUUCAAUGAUGUUCAGGAAAAGGCCAUCGAGGAGCAGAUGGUGGCAGUGAAGGAUGUGGUCAUGGAGCCCACAAUGAAGACCCUGAGUGAUGACCUGGAUGAAGCAGCAAAGGAAUUCCAGGAGAAGCACAAGAAAGACGUGGGGAGGCUGAAGGACAUGGACUUCUCUCAAUACAUAAUCCGUGGGGACGACGAAGAGUGGAACGAGGCUUUGAGCAAAGCUGGGCAGAACGCCUCCAUCGUUAGUUUGAAAAGUGACAAGAAAAGGAAAUUGGAAACAAAACAAGAACCCAAACAGAACAAGAAGUUGAAGAAGAGAGAGAUGAACAACAGGAAGGACUCGAAACUGAAGCGGAAGAAGUAGCGAGCCUGGAGGAGACGCCGGACUUGAGCUGUGUUCGGCUGGGCAGCCGUGGGACAGUGAUGAGUCCUCGGCAGAGGCUGGCCCGUGAUUCCCUCUGUCCUCCGUGGCUGAAGACUCGUCUCCAGCUUAGAACUUGGUGGGCAGGGAGGCUCUGGCCCUGCCGGGGCUGUCACUCAGGCCAGGGCCACGGUUUCACUUCGGGCCAGGUUUUCUUCCAGGCUCUUCCCACUCGGGGAUGCCGCACAGGCUCCUGGCCUUCGGCACCUCCCAGUACACAGCCUCCUUGUGCAGUGCUCUGUCUCACUGCAGACUUGUGCCAGCACUGAGGCCCAGGUCAGCAGGACUUCUGUCCUUCUGUUCCGUUCCUGGCUGCAGUGAAUCUGCGUCCUCCGUGUCCCAGGAACGCCUGAGUCCUUAGGUAGACUGCAAUGUCUGAGCACCUAAAUGAAAUGCCUUUUGGUUACCUCUUCGUUUGGAGAGACUGUCAAAGACUCUUGCUAGCAGAAGUGAGGGAGGGAAAGAAUAUCUAUUUUCAAUAAAUGACACACCAUAGACCGUUUGCCUGUGGUGCUCAUAAAGUCUA